AUGGUACUAAAUUCAUAUCCCAAUUACUCUAGCGCUGCGUAUUUCGCGUUCGAUGCAACGUCGCUUAUUUUUCCCGUAUCGAAUCAGAUGAAGCAUCCGGAACACUACCUAGGAUGUCCAGGAAUUGUGAACGUUAAUAACAUGUGCUUAGCGGUUCUGUACUGCUUUAUCGGCGUUGUCGGCUACCUCCGUUAUGGCGACAAAAUUCAAGGAUCAAUCACGCUCAACUUUCCCCAAGAAGAAAACUUAGCGAUGGUUAUACAAAUUCUUUCAGCAGUGGCAAUCCUGUUCUCGAUAGGUAUCUUUUUCUACGUGCCGAUUGAAACCAUUUGGCGAAGAAUUCAUAACCGGGUACCACAAAAAUGGCACGUUGCCACUCAAACCCUCAUACGACUACUGUACCUCAUAGGUAUCGUAGGGAUUGCUUGCGGUGUUCCGGACAUUGGCACAUUCGUUGGUUUUAUUGGUGCCGUUUUCAAUCCUAUCCUUGCCCUUUGGCUUCCCAUUAUUGUGGACACAAUUUACCGUUGGCCAAGUGACUUUGGAUGGAUGAAAUGGCGGUUGAUUAAAAAUGGUCUAAUGGCAGUGUUUGGAUUGUUUCUUUUAAUUACGGGUACUAUUUCCAGCGUGGAAGAUAUUAUAGAUUUGUACAAAUAGCAGAAUGCUAAAAAAAUAAAAUAAAUAAAAUAAAAUAAACAUUACUCUUAGUAAAGAUAUUCCAUAGUGCUGAAUUAAACGAUAAUUACUUAAGAUGAAUCAGCUGCUAUAGUAUAUGUAUGUGUCGAUCAGCUCAAGCAAGCGCUUCGCCGAG